CGCGCAAGUUUCCAACAUGGCGUCCGGCCGGGUGCUGGAGAGGGCGGUCCAGGAGGAGCCGAGGCGCGCUGCAACCGCAAACCUCGACUUCUGCCAGCACAAAUACUCCCUGCUCAUCAUCGUCGGACGGACCGCUCACCCCAGACAGACGGAACACACCAGCAGGGAGAUUGAACGAGGCAUCCGGUCAUGGGACAUCGACUUAAAAUCCUGUAACCUGAACGUCUUUCUGCAAGAGUUCCUGUCCCAUCACACGGCGUCAUUCAAGGGCGCAGGGCAGAAGUGUCUGCGCCACAGUACCAAAGUGUUAGACACUCAGGUGCUGAUCAGUCCAUCUCAGGAACAGGUUCAUUCAGAGGUGUUCGCUCUGCUGUCGAGGGAAUCGGCUCACAAGCUGCUGAUCCUGUCCGGCCAGAGCGUGGAGGAGAGUGGAGACCUGCUGUUUCACAGAGGACUGUUUUCACCACAACAACUGAAAAAAAUACUGACAGAGCAGUUCAUAGGUGAGGAGAGCUCUGCCUCCUCUUCCAAGCUCAGCCUGACUCUCAGCUGUCCCAACAUCGGCGAGUGGAGGAAGACUCUCUCGGGGAACCAGCCUCUGCGGGGUCCCGUCACACUCCACAUCAAUCCCCCAGAGGUGCUGCCUGCCAUGGAGGCGCUGGGGGAAUUCACCUCCCUCAUCUCCGGUACCCUCUGCCCUCUGUCCACCUUUGACCUCCUGCCUCCUCCCGCCACCGUUGGUUUCCUGAAGCUGUCCCGCCCCUGCUGCUACGUGUUCCCCGCGGGUCGCGGCGACUGUGCCUUCUUUGCCGUUAACGGGUUCACGGUGCUGCUGGAUGGCGGCUCGGACACCCAGGCCUGCUUCUGGAGGCUGGUCCGCCACCUGGACCGCGUUGAUGCAGUUUUGUUGACGCACAUCGGGACAGAGAACCUGCCGGGCGUCAACGCCUUUCUGGAGAGGAAGGUGGCAGAACUGGAGCUGAGUUCUGAUGUCAAAGCAGAGGACUUGUCCAAGAGGCUGAUCUCCCCAGAGCUCGGAGUCGUGUUCUUUAACGCCCCCAGCAGGCUGCAGGUGGAGCAGCAGCCUUGUGUGGACAAUGUACUGAAGAGCACGCAGCAGGCGGCUCUAACCCUACAGUUAUUAAAGAAGUUAGACAUCAGACCGCGGCCAAUGUUUCGACCGCAAGGCGUCCCCAUCGAGCCACUAACCCUGUUCCAGAAGAUGGGAGUGGGACAGCUGGAUUUAUACAUCCUCAGUCCUGGCAAAAACAGCCAGGAGUACCAGACACUCCUGCAAAACUGGCCCGAUGCAGAGUCAUCAGCAUCCAAAUCUCAAGCUCCCCCUCUCACCGCCCUGGCCUCGGUUUCUGCUCUGCUUGUGUGGCAUCCAGCGUGUCCUCAGGAGAAGUUGGUCAGGGUGCUGUUCCCCGGUGUUACGCCACAGGCGAAGCUGCUGCAGGGGCUAGAGAGGCUGAAGGGCCUCGCCUUCCUCCAAAAACCCACGGUGACCGCCGGUGACCUGGAGAGGCUGGGUGAAGACAGAACGACCAAGAGGACAGACAGCCAGGAUAGUGGCAAGUCACAAGGGAAGGAAACAACACCCAAACAUGGGAGAGAAAGAGGGAUUCGAGAAGAUGUUAAGGAGGUAUCGGUGAAGGAAAAGGGUAAGGGAUUAAAUGGAGGUGACAAAACCAAAAUCAAAGAGGUGGGUGUCAAGCAGAAAGCAGCGUCGUUAGAGAAGAAUACGUCAAAGAAAGGAGGAGGGAAGGAUGGGAAGACUGGCAAUAAAGAAGAGAGUGGUGGUAUGAGAAAUGAUCAGGUGAAGAAGGAUGCUGUCCCUUCCAAACCAAAGAAUGAAAAUAAAACUAAGCUCAAAACGGAAGCAAAAAACGACUCCAAAACAGGGACAAAGAAAACAAGAAAACCAUCAGGAAAGGAGGCGAUUGAUGGCAAGAAGGCCCAAGUAAACGCCGACCCGUCAGAUCACUCUACAAAACCUGAUGCUGGGACGGCGUUAGAAAUCCCGGAGCUGGAGCGCUCUGCUGCCGAGCCGCAGAAUCAAAAAGUGGAGCGAGAACCCGGAGAGAACCCCUGUGGCUCCAAAAUGUCUAGCCCCGAAGAUAUGACUGCGGAUCUUCUCAGGCUGCGGGAGGAAACAGUAGAUGGAGCAAAGCAGAGAAGCAGCGAGUCAGGAAAUGAAAAGAGCCUUGGAGGGCUGCGCAAAGAGAUGAGUAAUGACGUAGUCGCUAUACCGGGGCAAGAAGCAGCAGCAGGUGGAGAGCGUGGGGACACUGGCGUGCAAGAUAAGGCUGAGGUUGGAGAGGAAGCUGGUGCAGACUUGGAGAAAGCAUCUGGAAAGCCAGCAAAGGUGGUGGGAUUCCCAUCUCCCUUGAACAAAGCGCCAAAGGACGAGUGCACUGCCCAGCAAGAUGUAACCCCGACUGAGUACACUCUCCUAGAUGGGGCUUUGAAGCACAGCCCUCCCUCAAGAUCCUCACCAGAGAACCAGGCGCCUGUCAGCCUCGAUGAGGAGACAGUAGAGCCGGCCUCCCCCGACUCACGGCCCAACAGUGCGGGCCACACUCCUUACUGUCUUUCCCCAGAUGACGUGUGGUGCAACAGGGCCACCCUUAGCAGGUUACAGGCCCAGAUGGGUACCUCGGAGUCCGCUAACGCCAACCAGCCCAAUGAACCAUCCAGACAGAGUGAGUCCAGAAACCCUCCGGAGAGCCACACCAACCCCAGGGAGAAGCAGCUGAGUUUCCUCUCGUUGGGCUCACUGAAAGACGGAUCGUCAGACCCCUCUCCCUCCGUGGCCACCACCACCACCACCACCACGCACUCCAUGCCAGCAGAGGUGAGCUCACCUCAGUCCACAGAAGUAGACGAGUCACUGUCCAUGUCCUUCGAGCAGGGACCGACCAAUGUGAGCCAGAGAGAGGGGGACGACAGCCUUCAACACUCCCACUCCAACGGAGGCCAUUUUGUCGGGAUGUCUCUGCCGUUGAAGAAGCCGCCCAGAUCUGUGGGUCAAGGUUCAGAGAUGGGGCGACCUCCAGCUCCCAGCACACUUCACUUUGAGGCGUCGCCUCAUGAUGUGGAUCUUUGUCUGGUCUCUCCUUGUGAGUACAAGCAUUUCAAAGCGCCUGACUCCAGCUCUGCUGCCAGUGAGCCGUCCAGAGGGGCCUUCGCUCCACAUCAUCACGGCAACAACAACAACCCCAGGGACACGUCGCCCAGUGAAUCAAACGCCCCCGUCUGUACAGAGGACUGCCCGUCCACCACGGCAGAUGGCGCUCUGGACUCGGACGAGGGUGAGUCGUGUAGUGAGCCGACCAACUCCCCGCACGACCCCUGCACCAGUCGGGCUCUGCCCUCAGACCCUCCCCCGGCCCCUCUCAGGGACAGUCCGCCUCUGACCCCACAUCCGGACACCUGCAUGCCUGUUCCUCAGUCGGACUCUGAUCCCCACGGGAAGAAAGCUAAAGCCGGCAGCAUGCGAGGGAAAAAGACACCAGGGGUUGUUGAGGGCUCCCAAAGAACGGGCUCAGGGAAAGGCAGGACAGGGAGCCAAAGUGGAGUCCCCAAAGGGAAUGUCCCGUCCACUCGUGGGCCGUCCUCCAGCACCCGCUCAGCGCCAGCAAAAUCCUCACCCAACCCAGGCUCUAAGAGUAGCUCCGUUGGUGAAGUCAGCGUGUACGUGGAUCUGGCCUACAUCCCCUCUGGAUCCUCCUCUCCCACGGUCAGCGUGGACUUCUUCAGGUGCGUUCGCUCCUCCUGCUACAUCGUCAGCGGCGACAGUCCGGAGAGGGAGCAACUCAUGAGGCACACCCUGGACGCUCUGCUGGAUGGAAAGACAUCGUGGCCCGACGCUAUGCAGGUGACAGUGAUCCCCACGUUUGAGUCUGUGCCGAUGCAGGAGUGGUACCAGCAAACCCUGGACAAACAGAAGGAGCUGGGCAUCACCGUCCUGGGAUCCAACAGCACUGUCGCCAUGCAGGACGAGACCUUUCCUGCCUGCAAGAUAGAGUUCUGAGGUGGAGGGUGAAUAUGAGCUAAAAGAUGGGGGAUGUGUGUGGGUGAGAGGAAGAAAAGGAGAGUGUGGAGUUAAGAGAGUUAGAAAUAGAUUGUGGGGAAAUAAAAGAAAUACUGCAUAAGGCCCCUCACUGCAUGACAACGACUUAGUGGGUAAUUAAAUACGACAUUCACCUCCUGGUUUUCACACAUUUACGGGCUUCUUUUGUCAAAAAAUGCUUAUUUCUCUUUAUCCAUGGAGAACACACAUCGAGAACUGCAUGAUUUUUAAAAAAAAUUUUGACCAAUGACCCUGUGCCAAGCAGGAGAGGAGAUCAGACUGGCUGCAGGGGAAGCAUGUCGGGCUGCAGAGCGUGUAGAUCUACAUGAAAGCUGAUGAUGUAAAUUAGUCAAAAAUAAUGUCUACAUUGGGCUAGAGGCACCGUGUGUUGGCUUGUUUUUCUCAAUAUGUGAAGCACUGAAGUGUGACAGCAGCCCGUGCUGUGUUUCUGGGCCCGUCUUGCUGCUUUUAAUGCAACCUUUUUUUUUUAAAAUUUAUGUUUGAGUCAUUUGUCUUUUUAUUUACUAAAAUUUGCAGCGUGUGGCCGGGCGUUUGUUGUGAACACAGUGAGCAAACAUGCGGUGAGCUGUGCUGCGUGUUGUAAAGAACCUGCUUUAAAACCGACGCAGACGCGUCCGCUGCUCGUGAGCGAUAAUCGGCAACGCUGAACCUGAGAUUACCGAGUGUGCAGAGACAAAUCUGUCAAUAGGGAUUAGACCACCAGAUUAAAUUUAACAGCAUUACAGCAGUCAUGUUAUUAAAAAUGGCACUGUAAUUUUUAAUCCAUUACAAGUGCUUAUGAAUGAUAAUGCAAAUAACUUAAGGAAUCAGACUACAAAUGCUUUUAUAGAAUAACGGGUUGACUUGUUAUCUUAUACUAAAAAAAACAUUAAAAAUAUUGACAUGUUCUGUAUUUUCAUUGUGAAUAUGAUGGGUAUGAUCAUAAAGUAUAUUGUAGUAAAUUAUUUGCACAGCAUAAAAGCUUGUUGUGGCAGGUGGUAACAAGAGCUUUCCCAGAUGUAUGCUGUAAAUAAGACAACAACACGUGUUAUCUGUAACUGGAGGCAAAGUAAUCCUGAACAUUGAACAUCCAAACAUGUUCUUUUUCAAAUUUGUGUACAGGAAAGCAUACGAUCUGACAUACGAAGUGUUGUUUUUUAAAAUAAUAAAUAACUCAUCAAUUAAUAUUUACGUGGGAUUAAGUAGUGGAGGUCCUCAGUUUAUACUCUCACCUCGAGUGAGUAUAUUCUGGUUUCCCCUGUAACUCACACCAAAUUCCACCCGGUGUACUUCAAAUGCAAUUUCAAGUGAGCAAUUGGAAAUCUUCAAUGUAAUGGAUUACAUUUUAACCUCCGGCUCCGUUAAGUCCACUGUGUUUCCCUCCUUCAACCCUCUCUCUGUAUGUCAAAUGUUGAGAUGUUUGCAAAAAUCACGAGUUAAACUAGUAUGAGCACUGUUGCUGUUUUUGUCUUUAAAAAGGAUAAGUCGACACAGACAUGAAUGUGGAAUACAGAUUCUUCUAGACCAAAGCAUGAGAUCAAAACGACACCACUGACCAUUUUCCUCUCCGUGCGAAUGCCGCCUCCAGACACAAAGAAAAAAUGUCAUUCACAUUCAAUGUCUCCAAAUUGUCUGAAAGAUAUUUUGUAAUUACAGAAAUGCACUGUUAAACUUUUAUCAUGAACUAGUAUCAUCCUUGAGAAGAAUGCAAUUCCUUUUAUUUUGUGUAAUUUCCUCUUUCUAAAAAAAAUCCCUUUCUCAAAUGGUGUGUGAGGAAUUGCACUUUCCACGCACGUUGUCCAAACCAAAUUCACUACAACUCUAAUGAUACACACACUUUUCUGCUGCCAGAUUAAAUGAUUCACUGGGAUCGCGGCGUUGAACUAUAGAUCUGGAAUCACCACCAACCGACACGUACUUGAACCCCACAGUAGCCAAGUGAAUUGUGAGUGUAUGUGUGUGUCCCGCAUGUACAAAGUAAUGUAUGUACCGUAUGUUGCUUCAUUCAUGAUAUUCAUGAAGAGAGAGACAGAGACGAGUGUCGGAUAGGAAAAAACAAAUAAGUUGUACGUUGUGGGUUCGGGAGUAAUGUGUGAAUAAAGAAUGUGCAUCACCAUUAAACAAUUGUCUGCCGAGA